CUACAGCCACGGCCUCUCACAUUUCCGUCUACUUCUCAGUCUCUUUGCUCAUUUCUUUCAGUCAAGUCGAAGAUUAUUUUUUAGUUCCGCGAUUACUUUUUGCGUGUCUGUGCCAUAAAAAAUUGUAAUUUAAAGCUCCAGUCAUGUCGCGAUUGACGUGGAUGCAAAAGAAUUUUACAGACAAUUAUUCAAAAGAUCCAGCACAAGCAGCAGCACUGCUAGAUUCAAUAAAUCAAAGGAAUUUUAGUGAUUUUCGGUAUGCUUUGGAAAUUCUUAAAUGUGAUCCAAACUUAAUCGAUGCUGCGACUGGAUUGAGUGUCUUUCAAACAGUGUUGCAGACUCCAAAUUCAUCGGAAUUUAUUAGAUUGUGCAUUAACAAUGGAGCCAACUUCUACAAGAAAAGCUCCAGCAACAGAUUCCCAAUUCACUUUGCCAUCAAAUCACUAUGUACUGGAAAUUUGAAAGCUUUCCUGAAAAACUACGAUCCAUCAAAAGUGAACCUUAAAUAUAGUGGACAGAACUCCUUACACUGGCUAAUUAGCUCGAUGACUAAUUCAAACUACAAAAAGUCUUGUGAAUGCAUAAAAAUCCUGUUGGAACAUGGAGCGAACCUUAAUAUGCCAAACAAUUCUUUAAAGACGCCAUUUUACAUGCUUUUGAAGAAGCAGCCAGACAUUGAUGAUGAUGAUAAUUUAGUGGACUUGAUUCUUAAUAAUUAUGAUGUCGACUUUUAUACUUACCGGAAUCAUGAAAUGAUGAAAAUGAUGGAGAAUCAGAACCCAACUUUUGACAUUCCGCCAAAGCCACGACGAAAAAUGUCCUUUGAAUUUAUGAUGGAACAGAUUGACAAUAGAAAUGAACUUGAUUUUGAGAUUUACUUCAAAGCUUUUAAGGAAGAAAGCAACGACAAAUUUAAUGAGUAUUGUCUACGGCUAUUGGAAGUUGCUGUAGCCAAUGGGAUGCGUGACACUGUUGAAUAUUUAUUGGAGCAAAAAGUCGAUGUUAAUGCAAUGUCAGCAUGUUCUAAGUAUGCUAAACCACCUGCUUUUAUAGCUGCUAGCAGCGGAUAUUUUAGGAUUCUGGAGUUGCUAAUUAAAAGACCUGAAUUGAAUUUUUCGUUUAACAAUGCAAAUCAAAAGUUUACGUUGCUGCAUGAGGUUUGUCAAAACUUUGCCAACAAACUCAAAGAAAAUCGCAACAUUAACUUCCAUAAAUGCUUUGAAAUGAUCCUAAAAGACAACAGAUGUGAAGUCAAUGCUGAGGAUGACAUAGGAUGCAGUCCAUUACAUUAUACAGUCAAAUAUAGAAAUGAUGCAGCAACAAUAGCUCUACUAAAGAGAGGAGCAUUCAUAAAUGAGGAAAGCAUCUUCGGAAAGACACCAAUUGAUGAGAUUUCAAAGUCUACACUUGAAGCAUUCCUUGAUGAAUGUAUAUGCACAAGAGAUAAGAAGAUGAAUGACAUUCACAUUGACUAUAACUUCCUUAUCACACCGAAUAGAAAUAGAUUUCAAGACAGUGCUGAUAAGGAUGGAUUUUGUAAGGAAAUUUCACCACUCAAAAGGCUCUCAGAAAAUGAGGAACUGAAGAGUCUUGUGACACAUCCGGUCAUAUCUUCAUUUUUAUUCCUUAAAUGGUCAAAGUUGAGUUUCUUAUUCUACACAAAUUUGAUAUUAUUUUCAUUUUUUAUGUCAACAUUCAUAAUGUUUAUCGUUUUGUGUCAGUCAGUUCCUCAUGAUCUUAGAGAUGAACAUCCAACCUUUAACAUCUUUAAAGUUCUGUCUUAUGUGCAACUGAUAAUCCUCAUGAUUCGCGAAUUCCUUCAAUGUUUUCUCAGCUAUAGACAUUACUUUAAAAGUCUCAUGAAUUGGUUUGAAAUCGCAUUAAUCACAUUGGCAUGGGUCGUCUUCCUGCUUAGUGAAAAUUUCAAUCAUCAAGACCAACGCAUCCUUCGAGCUGUGCUGAUCCUCUUCUCAGCUUUUGAGUUUCUUCAAAUUGUUGGAACUCUUCCAAUUCUUUCAGUCUCAACACAUAUGGUCAUGCUUAAGAGAGUCUCAAUUACCUUCCUCAAGUCCAUAGCUUUAUACUCAAUUUUAUUGUUUUCCUUUGGGCUGUGCUUCUUUAUGUUGUUUGGUGAGAGUCAUGUGGAUCAAAAAGAUGCAGCAAAUGAAACAAUCAUAUUGUCUUCGGAUGACAUUUAUGAGUCAAUGAGUAAUGACAGUUUGAAUAUGCCAAGUGAUGUGCCGGAUGUUCCAGAAGGUAAAAGUGAUUUUGCUAGCUUCAGAUAUCCUGGAAUUGCUAUUGUGAGGGUCUUUGUGAUGUUGACAGGUGAAUUCGACGCAACAGACCUCGACCUCAACUCCAGUGCUUACUGCAUAAUCUUCACCCUCUUCGUCUUUCUCAUCACAAUCGUUCUAUUUAACCUCCUUAAUGCAUUAGCUGUAAGUGACACAGCAGAAAUUAGAAAGAAGGGAGAGUUAAUCGACUUAAUACAGCGAAUUGAUGUGCUUGAAAGUUAUGAGAAAAUAAUUUUUAAUGAACAGUCGACCAACAGCUGGUUGGGACCAAAACUUCGUUCAUUUAUUUCACUUUUUCCUCUUACAAUUCCGCAUGGCAAAAUUAUUAUUCGAGCGAGUAAAAAUAAUGAAAUUUUGACAUUUAAGCCAUCAAAAAUGGCACCAAACCUUAGUCGGGACCUUGAAAGCAGUGACAGUAUUGAGAUUAAUGCCAUAACAAAGAAAUCAUUCCGUAAAUUGCACCUGAAUGAGGAUUUCCUAUCAAAACUACAAAAAUAUUCAACAAUGAGUCCUGAAAUUAUGAAACAAAUUAACAUGAUAAUUUCUGAAAGAGAUGAGAGGAAGAACAAGGCAGCACAGGACAGGAAAAUGAGGGACGAUAUUGAAAAUAUUAAAAUUCAAAUGGAAAUUCAACUAAGAUUAAUUAAUGAAAUUUUAUCGAAACAAAAUCUUGACUAAAGCUACAAAAAAAAAGUUUAUUUUAACAUAAAAAAA